CUGUGAGGCUGGGCUGGGCUCCCUGCAGGCAGGUCUGUUCUGCCGGUGCCGUGCACCCUGAUAUAGUGACAGCUGAUCGGGUCCCCGACGCCCAUUGGCCAGAGGCGGCGGCUGGCGUGGGGGCGGGCGGGGGGACGUGCCCGCAGGCCCCUUACCAAGUAUAGGAAUAACACAGGCAGCGGCCACAGGGCAUAGCUGGGGAGGCACCUCAGGCACGUCAGCUUCUAUUUUUAUGAAGGACAGCCGUGCUUUUGGUCGCCCGGGGUGGGGGCUCGGUGGGGGCUCUACAGGGAGGGCCGGCUUGGUCCUCAGACCCUUGAGGACCUGCCCAGCUGUCCCCUCCUCAUUCAUAGUGCCUGGGAAAGGGGUCUGUACGGGUGGUCACGCACACACGCAGCCCCGCCAGGCAGGACACCCAAGUCUGCUGGGGGCUGGCACGACCCAGCGGCUCCCACAGCCCACACGUGUGGGCGUCCUGGGGUUCUGAACCUCCCCAUGGGCUCUGCAUGUGUCUCCGCCCAACCUACCCCCGCCAGUGCCCCACGUGGCCAAGCAGCCCGCAGCCCUGUUGGGUCUACUCCAGAUGAGGGAAAUCGAGGCACGGAGUGGGGAGGGAGGGAGGACAGACUCGGGGGGCCUGCCAAGCUCAGAUGGGGGCAGUAGGGGGCUCUGUUCAAGGUUAGGUGAGCCAAGGAGGCAGCGCUCCCUGGAGCCACAGAGGUGUCUGGAAGGUUCCCAUGGCAGCCCAGGGCCUGAGCGGCAGGGGAGCUGGGACACUUGGGGACUCAUGUGGGCACCUGACUGGCCUCAUGCCCACCAAGCCCAGGCCUGCAGUGUGCCCACCCGCCCAGCAGAGGAGCGUGUUGGGCGCCUGUGGCCUUAGAAGUGAGCAGCCGAGCCAGCGGGCACUGGGUCAGGGGCUAGGCAGCUUUAUUUGGGCGGUGUGACCCGCCCUGGGACGCUGGCAAGGCCACACUGCAGCCGGAACCCACAGAGCCGGACAGGCCACCUAGAAGCCCUCACAGGUGCUGACAUGUUCAUUGCUGCCGCCGCCGUUGUAUCCUCCCCCGGACCCCCCAGGCCCCCGCCGCCCCUGCUGCCCAAGCCGGACAGGGACAGCGCCCGUCUGCAGAAGGGGUCCCCCGUGGCCGUGCCCCCCACCGUGCUGGGCCCUGCGGUGGCACCCAAGCCCUGGCUCAGUGGCUGGAACCGCCUCAGGAAGCAACUUCUGGAGGAAGCGGGGGAACCUCCCGGCCCCCCCAAGGCCCAGCCCGCCACCCCUGGCCCACUGUCCCGGCCCCCUGCCUCCAGGGCCGCUUGCUUGUGGGAUGCGGUGCUAUACCGCAUGGGUGUGUCUGCAGCACGAGCCCCCACGGUGCCCGGCAAGGACCCCCCGGCCCGCCGCCUGCCCCUCCUGUGCAGGCCCCACUUCAAUGCCCGUAGGCUGCAGCGGGCCACCUGGUCCCCCGACCAUCAUGCCACCCCCCAGCCCAGACCCCCACCCCGCAGCUUCAACCGCACCGCCACCGGCUGGAGGCAGCAGUGAGCCAGGACCCAGCACCCAGC